UUUAAUUAUUACAAAGACAAUGUUUUACUGCUUUAACGUCGCCUUUGUAAUUCCCCAUACUUUUUAAUAAUUGAUUGUACUUAAUCAACGGAUUUUAGUAAACAUAACUUUACGACUUGGUCCGCGAAACGUUUAAACUGUCCUUAUAACAAAUAUACCAAGAUUUAACAUUAAAUUGUUAACAGACUUAAGACGUAACAUACACAAAUAUUGCUUCUGUGAAGUGGUCGCAGGUAACUAUUCAAAAGCAUUUUCAACAAAUUGGUUAAUCCGUUUUUGCUUUUAUUCCAAUAUGCUGUAUUCUGUCCUAUACGUCUGGACGUCAAGCCGUGGCCUACUUUUUUGUCGCAUGUAUGGAAACGAGGCGUUGUCUCUGAUGCUGUUGCUGUGCAGCCUAUGCGCAAACACAUCACGGCCCGGGAUAGGUCUCCUGGCGUUGAGGCUGCGCCUGUAAUGAUCAUGCGAUUGAGUGACGAUGGGGAGUCAUGUCUAGUCUAUGCGCGAUCAGUGAUUCUGCACUCUGCAUCCCGCUGGAAAAGAGUUUGCGCUCGAUCGCUCUGUGAUCGACUACACGCCUUUGCCCACAAUGAAUGGCUGUUUCUAACGAGGGAUAGAGAGUGAGAGAGCGAGAGUGUGUCGGACUCCUCCAUUGAAACACUUUGUAACGGCUUCAAGCUAAGGGGAUUUCUCUGGUGGUGCCGGCCACAGCGCCAUGGCUCAGACCCUUCAGAUGGCGAUCCCAAAUUUCGGCAAUAAUGUCUUGGAGUGUCUGAAUGAGCAGCGGCUGCAGGGCCUGUAUUGCGACGUAUCCGUGGUGGUGAAGGGCCAUGCCUUCAAGGCACAUCGCGCCGUGCUUGCUGCCAGCAGCUCCUACUUCCGUGACCUGUUCAACAGCGGAGGGGCCAGUGGCAAGACGCCCGCCGUGGUGGAGCUGCCUCCGGCCGUCCAGCCGCAGAGCUUCCAGCAGAUCCUGGCAUUCUGCUACACGGGGAGGCUCAGCAUGAAUGUGGGCGACCAGUUCCUGCUCAUGUACACUGCUGGAUUCCUGCAGAUCCAGCAGAUCAUGGAGAAGGGCACAGAGUUCUUCCUCAAGGUCAGCUCGCCCAGCUGCGACUCACAAGGUCUCCACGCCGAGGAGACGCCGCCAUCCGAGCCACAGAGCCCUGUCACUCAGACCGCUGCAGGGGCUUCGGCCAACGGGGCGGCAGCCGGCCGGCCCGCCUCCUGUCUGACGCCACUGCCGCUGGUGUCCCGUGUGAAGACGGAGCAGCCCGAGGCGUCGCCCUACUCGGUGGUCUGCACGCCUGUGGCCAAGCGCCUUUGGGAAGGGGGCAGCCGAGAGGGUGGCGGCGGGGCCGGGGGCUCCGGGGGGGGUGGCAUCCGUAAGGCGGCCCGCUUCUCCCAGGAGGCGGCGCGGGGCAGCGCCAUCCAACCACAGGGACUGUCCACUGGCUUAGCGGUGGCACCAGGUGGCAGUGCGAACGGCACAAGCAGUGCCACCCCGGAGGGUACCAGCCCGGGUACCAUGAGCGCCUAUGCCAGCGACUCACCCAUCUCCUACCACGAUGAUGAGGAGGAGGAGGAGGCCGUGGAUGACGGCGCUGAAGAGCAGUACAGGCAGAUCUGCAACAUGUACACCAUGUACAGCAUGCUGAACAUGGGCGCUGCAGCCACAGAGCGGGUGGAGGCUCUGCCCGACCACUCGGAGACCCGGAGCCGGAUGCGUGGGCGGCAAGACCUGGCCUCUCUGCCCGCUGAGCUCAUCGCCCAGAUCGGCAACCGUUGCCACCCCAAGCUCUACGAGGAGGGCGACCCCGCCGAGAAGCUGGAGCUAGUCACAGGUACUGGUGUGUACAUCUCGCGAGCCCAGCUGAUGAACUGCCACGUGAGUGCGGGAACCAGGCACAAAGUCCUGCUCCGGAGGCUCCUCGCUGCUUUCUUUGACAGGAGUACCCUUGCCAACAGCUGUGGGACAGGCAUCCGGUCCUCCACCAACGACCCCAGCCGCAAACCUCUGGACAGCCGUGUCCUACACGCAGUCAAAUUUUACUGCCAGAACUUUGCGACCAGCUUCAAGGAGAGCGAGAUGAACGCCAUUGCUGCAGACAUGUGCACCAACGCCCGCCGCGUGGUCCGCAAGAGCUGGAUCCCCAAGCUGAAGCUUCUGAUGGCGGAGAGCGACGCCUACGCCAGCCUCCUCCCCGACAGCAUCAAGAUGGAGGCCGAUGCCCUGGCCGCCGAGCCCACGUUCGAGGCCGCCGACCUGGAGGGCUCUGCCUCUGUCGAGACUGGCACCUCAUCUGGCGAGUCGCUGCAGGGUGUGGGUGGAGACGGCGCCGCUCUGUUUCCGUGAGCGGCCCGGAUUUUAAAAAAAAAAGUGCCCCGCCCCAUUCUGCCCACCCCAUUCGCCGCCCCGCCUCCCCGCCGCGUGACUAUGGGCUCCGCUGCU